CUCUCUCUCUCCUCUUUCUCUCUCCAUCUCCAUGAAAUUAAUGUCGCCUUCUUCGCCUUUCAACAAUGGCGACCAAGUCGAGGUCUCCAAGCCCGGCCACUCCUCCACCGGACCUUACUACCCGGCCACCGUCCUCCGCUCUCCGGCCAAGUCCAAAACCCUCGUCCUCGUCGAGUACCUCACUCGCCGAUCGCCGGGCAACCACCGGAGGCUAAGAGAGUUCGUCGAUCGCGAGAAUGUGAGGCCGGCGCCGCCGCCUGAGCGCAGCCGCCGCUGCUUCAGAGCCGGCGACGACGUCGACGCCUUCCUCCGCGACUCCUGGUGGUUCCGUGGCACCGUCGCCGGCGUUCUGGAGGACUCGAUGUACUCGGUUCUCUUCCCGGACGCGGCUCGGCGGGAGAUCGUGUGUCGGCAGUGGAAUUUGAGGCUUCACAGGGAGUGGAACGGCCGCGACGGUGGCUCGUGGGUCCCGCCUCUCGAAGAUGAUCAGACAAUGCCUUGUACAAGAAAAGUGAAGGAGAGGACUGUAAAAUUGAAAUUUGUACUUCGUAAGAAGCCAUUGGAGGUGAAGUUUGAAACUGGGGCUACUGUUGAAGUUACCAGUGAGGAGGAAGGUUACAAGAAGUCUUGGUACGUUGCCAAGAUUAUUGGGUCAAUAGGAAGUAACAAGUUUUUGGUUGAACACCGGAACCUGGUAACUGAUGAUGGUACCCAACCCUUGAGAGAAGAAGCAGAUGCUCGGCAUGUUAGGCCAGAACCUCCUUUACUUCUGGCGGUCAACCACUUUAAAAAGCUCGAAAAAGUUGAUGCAUGGUACAACGAUGGCUGGUGGGAGGGUGUAAUUUUCAAGGUUCAAACUGGUAGGCAGUAUGUUGUUUAUUUCAGCACUACCAAUGAGGAGUUGGUAUUUAAACAUUCUGAUUUGCGGCUUCAUCAGGACUGGAUCAAUGGAAAGUGGAUGAUUUCUCCAAAGGAAGAUUCAAGCGCAUGGACAGUAAAAUCCAGUGGCAUAAACUUGGAAUUGAAGGACGAUAAGCCAACCUUCAGCAAGGGAAUGAAGGUUGAAAUUAGAAGUGAUGAUGAAGGUUACCAAGGAUCUUGGUACACAGCAAAGAUUGUUGGAUCAUCCCGAAACGACAAGUUUCUGGUGGAAUAUGAGACAUUGAGAACAGAUGAUGAAACCAAACCGCUUAAAGAAGUGGUGGAUGCGACGAACAUACGGCCUUGUCCCCCAGAAAUUCAACGUUUGUACCCUUUUGCAGUCAGUGAAAACAUUGACGCUUGGUAUAAUGAUGGGUGGUGGGUAGGUCGUAUAUCCAACAUUCUUGCUGGCUCAAAGUAUGUAGUCUACUUUUGGACCAUUAACGAGGCAUUCGAGUUUGAUCAUUGUAACUUAAGGCCUCAUAAGGAAUGGGUAGAUGGAAAAUGGGUACACGCUUCCAUGGUAUGACUUUUGUAUGUGUAUGAUGCCAUUAGUAUUUAAACUAACAUGGUAUGGCUUCUUAAGUGGUGUAAGUAGUAUCAUAGAAAUUGCCUCUCAUUGGUGUAAGAGGAGCUAGGGAGGCUAGUUUUUUUAACAAGGACUAACGUUUUGUAUUUAGAGGCCUGUAAAAUGGUAGUAGUGAUUAGAUUUCAGUAGUCAAAAUCUUCAUGAGAUCCAUCAGCAUAGGAGUGUUGUCACAAAUUGACUUACCUGCUUUUAUGUGGAACUGUGUAGUGUUUUCUAGCUAGUAG